AUGUCUCGCACGGAGACCCCGGACUCCAAGGGCACCGUUGCCACGCUAUUCGCGGGCCCUGGCAGCGCCUCUAACUCCUCCUCUUCAGUCAAUGAGAAUGUUGGGUUUCGUUUCGUUCUGGACCGGACCGUUCAAAUGCUCUCCCACCAUGGGCUUCCAGAUUCUGGCCAUUUGUCCGGUCUGCUAUUUGUGCCAGAUCUGUCACCCCGCGACCCAUGCAAUGAGAUCACGGGCCCAUUCAUUCCAGAAGACGUGACCCGUCAUAAGGAUGUUUCGGAGUUCGGCUAUCCCGUUAUUGGACUGGCACCAUGGGUUUCCCCGGAGUGUACUCAAUCCUUUCUGGCCGCCUCCCGAGAAGCAGGCACCAAUGCACUCGUAUUCUUCCAGCCCUCCAAUAACGAGUCUGGAAUACCGCCGCCACCCAGUUCGGAUCAAUGGAGCCUGCAUGAUGACGAUCAGUGGAUGAUUGAUAACAAUUAUCCUAUAUAUGCCGUGCCAGGCCCAGCUGGGGUGACCCUGAUGAACGAACUCGCAACAUUCUCAGACGGGACCAGCCACAAUAAAACCAAUAACGCUUUCGAUACCUCAUCAAACCCGGCGCGGAAGUCAGAUACACGACUCUUCACAAUGCUUGAUGCGGACAAAGCAGCCGCCUCGUCACCGAGCCUUUGGAGCUUUGUGCUCGCAAUUCUGGGAACAAUAUUCGGCCUAACCCUAAUUCUUGUCGUCCUGUAUCGCAUGAUGCAACGAAGACGACGAGAGGUACUACGCCAACGAAUCGAAUCAGGCGAAGUGGACAUUGAACACCUGGCACUAAAUCAGCUCAAAGUGCCUGGAGAGCUUGUGGAAAAAAUGCCUCUUUAUACAUACCCGAAUGUAUCAACCACAGACUCAAAGAAUGAAGUGGAAGCAGAAGUAGCUGAGGUCGACCCCCGAAGCAAGACUCCCUCACCGAUACCAGAAGAACACGAACCGACCCCUCAAACGCCCACUGGGAUCCGAAAGCCUCAGGCUGCGGUAAUAAACCCGGUGACAGAUGACCAGUCCACUUCAUCUAGCUCUACUCCCAAUCGUUAUCGACUGAGCCACACCCAGACGACCUGUGCAAUUUGUCUCGAUGAUUUCGUUGUUGGAUCGUCCACCGUCCGUGAACUGCCUUGUGGUCACAUAUUCGACCCCGGAUGUAUCGACCCAUUUCUCAUGGAAAACAGCAGCCUGUGCCCACUGUGUAAAAAGAGUGUGUUGCCGCUGGAUUCCCUUGAAAUCUCAGUGACGAACGAUAUGUUGCGACAAACGACAACCGACGACGAAGCCGACAAGAUGGGUGCCCUCAAGUACGUCGAAGAGAUCCAGAAGAAGAAGCAGUCCGAUGUUAUUCGGUUCUUGCUCCGCGUUCGCUGCUGGGAGCUUCGCCAGCUGAACGUCAUCCACCGUGCUUCCCGCCCCUCUCGCCCCGACAAGGCUCGCCGUCUGGGUUACAAGGCCAAGCAGGGUUACGUCGUUUACCGUGUCCGUGUCCGCCGCGGUGGCCGCAAGCGCCCUGCCCCCAAGGGUGCCACCUACGGCAAGCCCACCAACCACGGUAUCAACCAGCUCAAGUACCAGCGUGCCCUCCGCGCCACCGCUGAGGAGCGUGUCGGUCGCCGCUGCGCCAACUUGCGCGUCCUCAACUCCUACUGGAUCAACCAGGACUCGACCUACAAGUACUUCGAGGUCAUCCUCGUCGACCCCCAGCACAAGGCUAUCCGCCGUGAUGCCCGCAUCAACUGGAUCUGCAACCCCGUCCACAAGCACCGCGAGGCUCGUGGUCUCACUGCCACCGGCAAGAAGUCCCGUGGUAUCAACAAGGGUCACCGCUACAACAACACCAAGGCUGGCCGUCGCCACACCUGGAAGCUCCAGAACACCCAGAGCUACUGGCGUUACCGUUAAGUGCGCUAAUGCACUGUGGUAUAGGCUGGAAAAUAUUGGCUGCAUGUGGUUAUCUUUUCAAACAUUUCUCACCCGAGCAGUAUCAUCUGCCAUGGGCCCGAGUUUAAUGCAGACCGGAAGGCUCUGUUUUUAGCCAAAAAGCCAUUUUGUUUUAUGUUGAA